UUUUUUCCAAGACCAUCGUUGGCACCAGUCUCCGCUUCUUGUUCUCGUUUUCGCGUUUGCCUACCGAAACCAUCAUCAACAGACAGAGGAAUCCCCGCAAGCUUUCCCGAGAAAAUCCAACCCCGCAUAGAGAGGAGAUUCCUUUUUCCCGAGAGAAAGAGGGGAGAAUCCAGUUCAUAGUACCAUACUCAAACUCGAGGAGAAGUAAUGGCUUAGUGACACGGAACCCUAAUUGUUGGCAUCAGGACGAUGAGGUCGAGCCAUGACCUCUUCUUGAAUUCACGACUUGCUCUAUCCUCCUCGAUUGUUGAUGGAUCGAGACCGCACUUUGUCUGCAGAGCUGAAGAAGAGGGAUUCUGAGAAUGUGAAGGUGAUCGAAUGGGAAGAUUACGAACAAGAAGUUGCAAGACUGUGGAGCCUCUCUUCUGCGGUCAGAGAAGCCAAGGAGAAGAAGCGGUGUCUUGAGGAAAAGGUUGAGACACUCAUUCAGGCCAAAGCUGAGUCAUUGAGUAGAAUAAAUACUAUUGACGAGAUGAAUGAAAGAGUAGAUACUAAAAAGUCAGUUGUGAAAAAAAUGUUGAUGCAUACCAAGAUUGCGGCAGAUGAUGCUAAAAGUAGUGAGGAAAGGCUUAGUAUGGAAGUUAGAUCAUUAUUGGUUGCUGGGACAGCUCUUUCUGCAGCUAACAAGUGCUUACAGGAAUCACGCAGGUCCAUUGAUGGGGAAAGGGGUUAUUCCCAUCUCGUGAACUUACAGACGAUGCUAAGAGUGAGGCAACAAUACAUGAUAUCCCAAGUUUCUUUACUUUAUCCUGUGAAGAACUUCGUUGGACCUGCACAAGAGCAAGAACUUGAAUCAUUCCCAAGUACUAGUAGAACAGGAAAUUCUAUUGUAUCUAAACCUGUCAAUCAAGGAUCCUUGACAAUUUUAGGUCUGCGUUUGACCAUGGUUCCUUUCACUAAGAUGACUUUUUUCACUGAUAAGAAGGAGGUUCGGAUGUCUGCGACUGCCCUGGGAUAUGUUGCACAUGCAGUAUCACUUAUAGCUUCGUACUUAGGAGUUCCUCUGCGAUACCCUGUGCGCUUUGGUGGCUCCCAUUCAUACAUCAAUGUCAAUGCGCCUUCAAUAGAGGCUACAUCAUGUGAUCUGCCACCAGAUACAGAUGUUUCUGCAGAUGCAAAGGCCGUAGAAUUUCCUCUUUUUUUAGAAGGCCAAGACACAACGAGAGCAGCUUAUGCUGUAUUCUUGCUAAACAAGGAUUUAGAGCAGCUUUUGAAUUUCAUCGGUGAAGAGAGUUUAGGACCAAGUAACGUACUGGGUAACUUGAAGGAGCUUAUGCUGAAAAUCCAGUCUGCAGAAUAUAUAGAUAUCUGAUCUGAUUUCAAUCUUAGCUGUAAUUCAACAAGUUAGCAUAUGUUUUUACUUGUAUUCUUACAGGGGUGCAAAUUUUUAAAAGCAUCUUACCUUAAAUUUUUGUCACUAAUCCAACUCUUGGAUACGUGAAUGUAUUUUCUUCCUAUAGCAUAUUGUUUGAAUUUGAGCUAUCCCCUUUAAGAAUGAAUAGAUUUUUUUUUUCAUUUUUU